AUCAUGAAAUUGAUGAAAGAGCUUCUGAUUACUUUGCUGUUUUAUUAAUGGCUAGUAAAAAUAAAAAUAUCUGGAAACCUUCGGGUAGGCUUUUAACUUACAUUAAAAGUUCCAAAAGAACUCAAAAAUAUAAAAAAGUGGAGCUAAAGAAGGCUGCACAAAAUAUCUGGUCAAUCACUACUUACUUAGCUCCUGCUUUAAUGACUUCUACUUUUGAAUCAUCUAUGGAAUCAAUAGAGAUAGAAUCAAUUGAAGUGGAAUUAAUAGGGAUGGAAUCAGCAGAAAUAGAAUUGAUAGAAGUAGAAUUAACAGCAGAUUUAUUUGCAAAAAUUGAUCUUGAUGAGAGAACGAAAAUGAGGUUGGUAAUUGAGAAGUUGGAGAGGACAUUAAAAAAGGAUGACAAUCAAAUAGAUAAAGGUAUAAAGGGAGAUUAUAAAGCACAAUGUAUUGGCGCAUGGGCUCAAAAUGGUGAAAACUUCCAAAAGAGAACCGUGUCACACUUUGAACAGAUAAUGUCAUAUCUCAGAAGUUAUAAGUUUAGUAUGAAUCCUAAAAUUCUGAAAAAUUACGUAGAGAAUGAAGUAUUUCUGUCCUUAGGUAUUGAAAGAAAGAAAACUAUAUGUGAGAAAACAGCAUGGAGAUGGCUUAAAAAACUAGGCUGGUAUUGUAAAGAAUGGAAAAAAGAUAUAUAUGAAUUGGAGCCUGUUCUUGUUGAAUAUGAUGACAAAGAUCUCUCUAAGUUAGUAGAGAAAGAUAUUUCUCCUGAACAAAAACAACAUUGUGUAAUAACACAUGAUAAGACGAUAUUAAAUGCGAAUGAUGAUAAAAAACAGGACGGGGGCCCGAAGGUAAACACAAAAUACGUCCAAAAGGGCAGGGCAGGGGCAUCCAUAGCUGUUAGAAAUUGA